GGAGCCCGGAAGUACGUUGGAAUCGUCAACAGUAUAGGUUGUCAUGUCGGAGGCUUCAGGCAGCACACUCAACAGUCUCGACCGUAGCUCGUUGACUGAGCUUUUUGAGGCGUGCGAUAUGACGUCGAAGGGUCAUUUGGAUAGCGACGAUUUGGCUCGUUUGUGUCGCGAGUUGGAGGUAGGUUCGUCAGAUCCGCAGGAAGCCGAAGAGCUGUUCAAACGUCUCGAUUCGGACGGAGACGGACGGAUUGAUGUCGAUGAUUUGUUGAGCGCGUAUGAACGAGUUGGUCUGGAAGUCAACAUUGCGUCACCAGAUGAUCAACAUGGGGAAUCAAGAAGCGCUUGGACAUCCUUUCUGUCCGGCAUUGAUGGAGGCUCAGUGUUACAAUGUGGCGACCGUUUGUUUGUAUUCUGGUGUCAUUUGAAUCGCGUGGCGCCCACACUGACGUCUGAUUUCGAAGAGGUGCUACGCUUACUUCUAACGGAAAUAUCGUCGAGAGACGCCGAACAAAUGACUGCAAAUGAAACUCUGGAGAGGGUUUCAAGUUGGCAUGAGCUACAAGUAAGAACUUUGGAACAAGAAGUUGAAGAUCAAGUACGAGACGUUGAAAAACGCGUCAGACGACAGGAGGAAGGUAGAGCUUGUCAAGCGCGGAGACAGUUGGAAAGAUGUUUGGCUGACAGAGAGAAAGAAGUAGAUCUGUUGCAAGGGAAAUUGCAGCAGACAACAGUGCAGUUGCACGAAAUUACUCAACGAAACAUUUACCACACGGGUCUUACUUUGAAAUUGAAAGAAAUUCAGAGGCUGGUGUUGCGUCAGCUGUGGGAAACACAACAGCAGUUUGUCGUUCUACAGCUACGAAAUCGACAGCUUGAUGCAAGACUAUCAAAGGAGUUGAGUGAGCGACGUGAGUGUGAAGCAGAAAUCAUUAACCUUCGAGAGCAACUGGAUACAUUACGACAAAUGAAUGAAGAGCUACACGAAACAAACAUGGAAAUACUGAAGACUCGUCGGGCUAGUGAUCAUCUGGUGUCGACCACAAAGGACUUUACGGGUCAGUUUGAUGGAAUGCUGUAUUCCCAAAUGCUCAGGACGACCACUUACAAUGAAGAGAAGACGUUUGCACAAGAACUGUUUGAACAAUAUGGUAACUACUUUGAUAUGUCGACGUGGGAUGGACAUCUGUCAUCCAUUCCCUAUUCACUCGGUGGUGAUCACGGCAACAGAGGAGAUCGGACUCUAAGUCCAGACAGUGGUCUAUUAUCUGACACCAGCAAAUCCAACGAGUCUGUUUCUCCGUUAAUGAAAGAGGAAACUUUCAAAGAUCCAGCAUCAAUCUUGCAGACCUCUAGUAUGCAUGUUUGUUAUGGGAAUGACAAUAAUAACAACGAGGAUGACAUGUCUAAGUUCAAUUUACCAGAAGGAGGUAGAGAAUCUCCUGAUGGUGUAACAGGUUGCCAUGGAUCUGGGCAGUGUCGUUCGGUCCCUUCCACUGUUGUUCACUGUCAUCACAAUUCGACUCAAAUGAUUUCUGGGGUUUCUUCUUUCACACCGGUCAAUGUCAACAGAAUUUACAAAACAUCAGAAAACAGCGAGUCGCCUUUAUCGUGUACAAGAGAACAGGGAGUAGGAGGCAACGAUAGGGUCACAAGAGCAACAGCUUCUCAACUGAUACAGUCUACUGUACACCUUGGACAUACAGAAUUAGUUUACAAGUUUGUAUUGAUUGGAGACCAUGGUGUUGGCAAGACAAGCUUCCUUCAACGAAUAUGCUACAACUUGUUUGUUCAGGAUGCCGACUCGAAUAAAGGUAUUGAUUUUGAGGUAAAGAGAUUUGCAGUGGCCAGCAAGUUGGUGACCGUUCAGUUGUGGGACACUGCCGGACAAGAGAGAUAUCGAAGCAUUGCCGUAUCAUAUUUUAGGAAGGCUGAUGGAAUCCUACUUUUGUACGAUGUUCUUGACCAACAGACAUUCAAUAAUGUUAAGAAGUGGAUAGCUGAUGUCCAGGCGUAUUGCUGUAGUUCAGUGGCUGUUAUGAUUAUCGGUAACAAGAUUGACUUGGUUGACAAUGCGCCACAAGAUGUACAGCUGGUGAAACGAUCAAGUGGAGAAAAGCUGGCUCUGAGCUAUGGAACUUUAUUUGAAGAGACCAGCUGUGCAAAUGGCCUUAAUGUUGAGUCGGCCUUUAUGGAGCUUCUCAGACUGGUCGUUCACCGAGAAGAGUGUGAUGCAAACUGGGCACGUAUCACUCAUUCUUUCUACAACCUGCCAAAUUCGUUUGACGUUGAGCAAAAUAUUCAUCUUCCAUGCGGUAACAAUGAGGACAAAAACACAAAAAGAGUUCUCAAAUCACCAAGCUGUUGUUCAUGAUCUCAUGCUGUAGUAAGCCACUGGGACAGUACAGUAUAACUAUAGAGAAGAGUUUAUAUUUUUAUCUGCAUGGUGCAUGUGUUAUGCAGUUAUAUUUCAUCACUUGCUGAUCUAUAAAUCUUUCUUGUGUUUUAUUGACACUAAUAGCAUACGCUACUGACAUAGCAUAUGUUGGUAUAUGUUCUUGACUUCAACUUGUGUGUUUCUUGCUCAACAAUGUACCUGUACACUGAUUUUAAUUAAGUUAACCAACAAAGG